GAAAGCGUUAGAAAGGUCAAGUUGGAGCAGGAGGGCAGACGGGGAUUCCGUGGCGAAAGCUCUCGCGCCAUGGAUUAUCGCCUCGCCGCCGGCCCUUACCGCCACCCCGAACUGCAGUGGGAGGAAGUGGCUUUGGGCGGGCUCGUUCAUGGCGGCGAGGCCCGCUUUCGCCACUAGGCGGUGGAGGCAUUCGCCCACUGCUAUUGGGCGGGUGCCCCCCUCUGGCUUCGGGAACGCUAGCAGGCGGCUAGCUGUGAGGAGCCCGGCUACCUCUGGAGUGGUGGAUCCUUUUAGGAGGAUUUGUGCUACCCCGUGCAGUUUGCUGGCGACUGAGGCGUUCGCGAGGGCUGCGUCGCGAAGGUGUUCGAAGCACAUGCCCGACGGUCCCGCGCCAACUCCGUUUUCGCUGCGGCUAAGUAACCGAACGAAAUUGGCCAGCGAGAUGGAGGGGAGUCGCUCAGACUCGUCGAGGGCAGGCCAGUCAAGGGACUCAGUCAGAGGGGGGGGGUGUUUGGAGGUCAGUGCGGCGAGGACCUCCGGCGUUGACUCGCUGACCGGGGUCGAGUCCAGUGCCAGGAGGGCACGCCUGAGGCUGCCACGACGGACGAGGCCCUCGGCGCGGGAUAUUUUGCCAAGGGUGUCUCCUGAGUGUCGUGGUACAGGUGGGUUGUGUAUCGCGUCAGCUGCUGCCAGGUACAGCGAUUCCCAUUCGCCGGUCAGGAACUGCUGCAGCCUCCGCUCUAUCGCUGGCCAAUCUGGGUGGCGCGGCGAAUUGAGGCGAAGGGUGAGUCGGGGUGUGAAGAGUAACAGGCGCCAGCCCGCGAGGCUAGAAGGGUUUUUGCGAUGUGGAGCAGAGGUGUCAGGAGCGCCAGGGCGAAAAGCUGGCGUAGUUUGGGGGGGAUUCGACGGGAAAGUGGGGGCUGGCGACUGUCGCAAAGCCGUCCGAUGUCCCAAUUUGCGAUCCCCGUGAAAAGGGGUUCAUUAUUCGCCAGGUCUUCUGGCGAGAAUUGGCGGGGAGGGAGGUUGGGUUGUACCUCGUUGUCCCGAUAAUUUCGCAUACGCGGUGCCCGCUGUUCCCUUUGAUUCCGCCCCGCCUGCCUUUGUCUUCGAUCAGGUCCUUCGCCCCCGUCAUCCUCAGCUGAGUCCUCCGUGCUAGUCUCUUCCCGUGCCUCCUGCCUAUAAGUAGCAUCCGCACGUUCCUCAGCAGCAUUCGUGUUUUCAGCUGCCUCUUCUCUUAAAGCCCUCCCCACAGCCCGUUGGAAGCCAUUCAGUGGUCCGCCGUUAGCCAUCAGGCUAGGCGAGCGUCCGCGCCCCCUGCCGCCGCGUCCUCUCCGCGAGCCGCUGCCCCGUGCAGCUGAGCGUGGAGUAGGCGGGCGUUCGCCCCGCUGCCUCGCCGUGCCGGUUCUGGGGGUCAUCAGCGAGUCGAAUGGCCUUCCGUGCCGGCCGCGCUCGCAGGGAGCGCUCUGUUGACCGUGAGAGUUCGGGGGAAAACGUCCUCCCCCGAGGUCGGUCGAGCUCCCCCCCUCAGUCGGACCGGCGGUGGGCACGCGGGCUCCCAGCGCCGUCGACGAGCGCGCCAGCGUCCCCUGGUCGGAUGCGAGCGGCGACGCCGCCUCGGCUGGAGGGGCGGGCUGUGGUGGCGGGCGCCGAGGUCCGCCAAAGUCCACCUGCUGCGUUGUCGCCGCUUGCUGUGUCACGUGCGGCGGGCCCUCGCCCCCCCCCUGUGCUGCCGUCUCGGCCCCUUCCGCAACAGCAGCGUGCGCCAAACGGCCCCUCGGGGCGAGCUGGCACACGUCGGGGGCGAAGGGGGUGCGCUCUGGAGAGGCGGCUGGCGCGGACUGCCGCAACGCUGGAGGGGAUACUCGAGCGGGCUGGCGCUGGGCUGCUCCCUUCGCCCCCGCAGCAGGAGCCCCCUCAGCAGCCCCCCUGUCAUACGCAGCCUCCAUUUCCUCCCCGAGAUCGUCCACCGACCCUCCCCGACCAGCCGGCUCAUGUUGGGUUGAUUCCCUCUCAGCUGCGGCCCGUGCAACCCUGUCCCGCGAUAGCGCGUGGAAGUGAGUGGUCGAGCCUGCAAAUCCCGCCGCCACCUCCGACGGCUCUGCACCCAUCCGCGCUGGCGCCUCCGCGACAGCAUGUGCCGCCUGGGGGCCCGUAUACUGUCCAGCACCCCGCCGCGCACCCGCAGCCCUCGCACGCGCCGGUCCACUUCCCCCCCGGGUACUACGACUUGCACCAUCAGUCCCUGCCAGCGCCCCAGAGAGGCAGCCCCGCGUUAUCCGCCGAUACUCUCCCGGAGUGGCGACCCCCCUCGUCCUGGGCUGGGGCGGCGGAGUGGUCCAAUCCCCAGGUGGGGCUCUACCGCGGAGGGGGUGUGGUCGGUCCCCCGCUGACGGCGGGACCGCUGACGGCGGCUCCUGCGGGGAUAACGGUCCCAGCCGCCACACUUCGUCGCCUUGGGCAUGCUCGGAGGGGGACCGAGAUACUGUUGACGAUUCUGGCGUCGGCGAGCUCCGCGCUGGGGAGCUCAGGGGGCCGGUCAAUGGCCCCGUACUUCCCCCUUCAGGGCUGCAUGGAAGCAGCCAUAGAUCUUGCUGUGGAGGCCGCACGCGCGCGGCCCGGGCCCGCCCGGGGAACAGGCACGGACCCGCACCUUCUCGCCGCUCUCCGCCAGGUGUCGGCGAGCAUAGACUCGGCGUCAGCUGCAGGGCUUGUAGCUGGCGCCGUGUCCACGCUGCAGGUCCUGUUGUCGUACCAGGCCGAAUUGCUGGAGGAGGCCGGGCUGGCGGCUGUCGCGGAUUAGCAGAGCGGCGGGAGUAGGUGCGGCCGGGCGGUGAGUCCUGCAGUCUGAGCGCCCCCGCACGGCGUAUCAGGUGCUCCAUGGGUGCUUGUGUAUGCCUAGGCUAGGCCCCGCGGGCGAAUGCUGUCCACUACCUAUGAGUCCUAUAUUG